UGGUCAGACUGGCUGGACUACAGCUACCCCACGUCGGGGCCCUCUGGCGGGGACUUGGAGACCUACUCCAACAUCCGCGUGGCUGGAGGGGCCGUCUGUGAGCAGCCCCUGGGCCUCGAGUGCCGCUCCCAGGCCCAGCCUGGUGUCCCCCUGCAGGAGUUGGGCCAGGUUGUAGAAUGCAGCCUGGACGUCGGCCUGGUCUGCAGGAACCGUCAGCAGGUGGGGAAGUUCAAGAUGUGCUUCAACUAUGAAAUCCGUGUGUUCUGCUGCAACUACAGCCGCUGCCCUAGCACCCCAGCCACCAGCUCCACGGCCACGUGGACGACCGGGGUCCUCACAGAGCCGACCACUACAGCCAUCACAACAGUGGCCACAGGCUCCAUAGCCAUGCCCUCCUCCACUCCAGGGACCACCGCGAUCCUCACAGAGCCAACCACCACAGCCAUCACAACAGUGGUCACGGGCUCCACAGCCAUCCCCUCCUCCACCCCACAGACUACUCGAAUCACUGAAGUACUUCCCUCCACAACCUCAACGACUGAAGCCACUGGCUCCACGGCCAACCCCUCCUCCACCCCAGGGACCACCUGGAUCCUCACAGAGCCAACCACAACAUUGACCACGACUGUGGCCACCGGCUCCACAGUCACCCCGUCCUCCACCCCAGCCACUGCUGCCACCUCAGAAUUGCUGACCAUGACAGCCACGAAACCCACAGCCACUGGCUCCAAAGCCACUCCCUCCACCAGUCCAGGGACUGCAUCCACCCUUCCAGUUGUGCUGACAAGCACAGCCACCACACCCACAGCUACCAGCUUUACAGCCAUCCCGUCCUCCUCCCUGAGAACCACUUGGAACCUCACAGCACAGACCACCGCACCAACGGCCACCCUGUCCACAGCCCACGCCUCCUCCACUCCAAGGACCACCCACACCUCCACAGCACUAACCACCACGGCCACCAAGACCCAGGCCACUGGCUCCACGGCCACCCUCCUCACCUCAGGAACAGCUCACACCUCUAAAGUGCUGACCACCAUGGCCAUCACCACAAGCUCCACAGUCACCCCCUCCUCCAGCCCAGGGACUGCAAGCACCCUUACAGCACUUAUCACCACAAACACCACACCCACAACCAGCGGCUACACAGUGACCCCCUCCUCUAUCCCGGGGACCACCCACACCCCCACAGUGCUGAGCAACACCACCACAACUGUGGCCACUGGCUCUACGGCAACACCCUCCUCUAGCCCACAGACCGCUGGUACUCCCCCAGCACUGGCCACCACGGUCACGACAAUCACAGCCACAGGCUCCACCACCACCCCCUCCUCCGCUCCAGGGACAACGCCCAUCUCCCCAGUGCUGACUACCACGGCCACCACACCUGCAGCCACCAGCACCACAGUGGCUCCCUCUUCUGCCCUAGGGACCACCCAUACACCCCCAGUGCUGUCCACCAUGGCCACCACACAUGGGCGAUCCCAGCUUCCCGAGAGUCCCCGCACGGUACCCACAGCCUGGACUUCCAUGGCCCCCUCGGGCACCACCCACAUCACAGAGCCACCCACGGUGACUUCCCACACCCCAGCAGGAACCACCGGUACCACCCCACCCUCGACUCCAGCCCUGUCCAGCCCUCACACUCACAGCAGAACCACUGAGUCACCCCCUUCUCCAGGGAAGACCACCCCGGGCCUCACCACGGCCACCUCCAGGACCACGGCCACGGCCACACCCAGCGAGACCCGCACCUCGACCCUGCUGCCCAGCAGCCCCACAUCGGUCCCCACAACCCCGGUGGUGUCCACGGGCUGUGAGCCCCAGUGUGCCUGGUCAGACUGGCUGGACUACAGCUACCCCACGUCGGGGCCCUCUGGCGGGGACUUGGAGACCUACUCCAACAUCCGCGUGGCUGGAGGGGCCGUCUGUGAGCAGCCCCUGGGCCUCGAGUGCCGCUCCCAGGCCCAGCCUGGUGUCCCCCUGCAGGAGUUGGGCCAGGUUGUAGAAUGCAGCCUGGACGUCGGCCUGGUCUGC